UUGUGCUCAAAUAUAUUUGAUGUCGCCGAACUCGAACGGCUACGACGUGAGGCUGUUCCGUCAUUGGAUGAAAAUGCUACGGCUGAGGAUGCGGCGCCACAAAUUGCAGAGCAACCCGCAAACGUGGAUGCCGCCGUGAAUACCCCAGUUGUGGUUGAUUCAAACGAUGAUGGAACAGUCGCCCAGGAACUGGAAUUAGAGCAUAUGAGGAGUACAUUGGAAGAGGCGAUUGUGGAAACGCGUAGUACGCCUCUCGAAAAUCGACUGCGACUUCCCCGCAUAGUCCUAAGCAAGCGGAAUCGGGCUGUCGUGAGGGCUCUAAACCCAAUGCUGGUGACCUAUUUGGAAGCCAGCCGGGACCUUUGCGAGGCGAACUCAAUACUCUUUGGCGCAGCACUGGCAGUAUGCCGUAUUAUAGGCGCCAAACUUUCCUCGGCUGGAUGCGCUACUGGACAAAGUAGCGCUAUCCCAGCCUGGAGAAUAAGAGUUGAAGAACGUGUCGCAAAGGCUGGGGCCCUCAUCGGCAGACUGAUAUGCUUCAGGUCAGGCAACAACAGGCCAAGUAUUGUGCGCACCGUCAGGAUGGCAUUUGCUGGGACAAAUGUUUGUUUGUCCCAGCCGGAUAUAAUGCAAAAACUGACGGAGCGCAUAGACCACCUGAAGCGGAGAAUCGCUGCUUGGGGAAAGCGGAUUCGGCGAUAUACCGAGAGGUCGACACGGUUCAACCAGAAUCUUCUCUUCCAGAGUGAUCAGAAGAUGCUCUAUAAAUCAUUGGAGCGACCAAUGGUAAGUGGAACGGGCUCAGCACUGAAUCAGGCCGAAACUGUCACAUUCUGGCGCGAUCUGUGGUCAGAGCCCGUAAACCACAGCGAGGGCCCUUGGAUGAAAGUUGUGCCGGGUCAGUGUGCGAGUAUUACGCCCAUGGAUGCCGUCAUCAUAACGCCGGAUGACGUAGCUGAAACGGUCCGUAGAGCCCCGAACUGGAAAAGUCCGGGACUCGACGGGCUGCAUCACUACUGGCUUAAGGGGUUCAUGGUGUGUCACGCUGUGCUCUCACGUCAGUUUCAAGAGGCUCUCAAUCAGAAGUCGCUCCCUAGCCUCGUCACUACUGGGAUCACUCAUUUGGUUCCUAAAAACCAGGCUACCACAGACCCGAGCAAAUACCGCCCCAUCACGUGUCUACCGACCAUAUAA